GCAAGACAGAGAGAAGAAGCACACACAAACCGCGCACACGUGCACAAGACAAGCAAGGUCAUCCACGCACACGGCUACAAACACGCACACCCCGAGAAUGGCUGGCCGCGGCGAGAUUGAGGAUGAAGAGGUGAAGAGGAUGAUGGAGGGCGAGGAAGGAGAGGAAGGUGGCAUUGACGCCGAUGAGCUGGCAGUUGCCACAGAGAUGGAUGAUGACGGUGAUGAGGGCAUGGCCAACGAUGACGACGAUGAGGGUAACGACGACGACGAUGAGGAUGAAGAGAUGGAAGUGGCUGGCGACGAUGAGGCGCCACCAAGCGAGCAGGUCUACCUUCCUGGCGAUGACGCUGGCGAGGGCGAGCUUGUCAUGGACACAUCAGCAUACAUCUGCCACGCGGAGUUCUCGUUGGAGUGGCCCUGCCUGUCGUUUGACGUGAUGCCCGAUGGCCUGGGCGAUGCCCGCACAUCCUUUCCAAUGUCCUGCUACCUCGUCGCAGGCACACAGGCGCGCGAGUCGCAUCUCAACUCCGUCACCGUCAUGCGCAUCGAGAACAUCACACGCAUCAAGGGCGACGCGGACAACAGCGACGAUGAGGAGGAAGAUGACGACGACGAUGAGCCUCAGAUGUAUCACCGCAGCAUCCCCCACCGUGGCGGCGUCAACCGCGUUCGCGUUGCGCCCUUUGAGGGCUGCGUUGCUGCCACGUGGUCUGAGACCGGCAAAGUGCACAUGUGGGACCUCAGCCCGCUCGCACAGGCCGUCCAAGACCCCAAGAAUGCGCCGCGGAAGGUGAACAGCAAGCCCAUGCACACGUUCAGCGGACACAAGGACGAGGGCUUUGCCAUGGACUGGUCAAAGAUCUCAAAGCUCAAGUUUGCGUCUGGGGACUGCAGCGGGAGAAUACAUGUGUGGGACUACCACGGCGACGCCACAUGGGUUGUCUCGUCCAAGUUUGGCCGUCACGAUGCCUCCGUGGAGGACAUUCAGUGGAGCCCCAACGAGGAAACGGUGUUUGCGUCAUGCUCUGCUGACCGCACGAUUCGCAUCUGGGACACGCGCCAGGGCCCGCGCGAAUGCCUCAAGUGGACAGCACACGACCAGGACGUGAACGUCAUCUCCUGGAACACGCGGGAGCAGGCGUCAUUCUUGAGCGGCGGCGAUGACGGCAUCUUCAAGCUGUGGGACUUCCGCAUGUUCCAAGAGCAACCGUUCCAGCCCACGGGCGUGUUCAAGUGGCACACGCAGCCCAUCACGUCUGUGGAGUGGCAUCCGACAGAUAGCACCGUCCUCGCUGUCUCGGGCGACGAUGACCAGAUUUCGCUUUGGGACACCGCUGUUGAGAGUGACGACACGACAGGCGAGGCGCAGGUGUUCAACGGGCGUGAGGUACCGCCACAACUGCUGUUUGUGCACCAGGGCCAGAAGAACAUCAAGGAGCUCCACUGGCACCCGCAGAUCCCUGGCAUGCUCAUCUCCACAGCCGAGUCUGGCUUCAACAUCUUCAAGACCAUCAGCACGGAGUAGUGCGGAUCAAGAAACGGUCACAUCUUCUCGCCACUGCUGCUACUGCUGCAACGGCUUCUACCACCACUACUUUGGUGUGCUCCUCACAGCUGCUUGUCCUCUUUUAUCUCCCUUCUCCUCCUCGUCACUGCUGCUCGUUGAUUCCCUGCCGCUUGCCCUCGCUCAUGCCACCGUGUCUGUCUCAGUGUGGUGCUGUCGCUGUUACGCAACAGUUGGGCACGCUGCUAGCUGCACUGCAUGGCCGGUUUGUGGCGCGUGUAGUGUUUUACCAUCACCCCAUGCCCUUUUGCUGCAAACAUCAACCUUCAUGCCUUCCUUUGAUCGACAAUUUGAUAGUCCAGCCUCUUCUCUCCUCUUGUUCUUAUUUGCCUCAACGUAUUGUGUUUGUGGUUUGUUCGUGUGCUGCUUAUGUUUGCUUGCAGCACCUGGUUUUGCUCGUUGUCUGUUCAUACACCCUUGUCUGUGUGCGUUUGUGUCCGUGCAUUGAAUGGUACGAAGCGUUCUUAUUGGC